UGUCUUGCGGAUACUCGACAACUACGACGUGCGAAGUUGUGGUGGCAGUAUCAUAACUAGGAACGUCAUUCUUACCGCUGCUCACUGUGUCCUGAGCGAAGAGAAGGGGCGACCAGUGAAACAAUUGGUUGUUUACUACAACACCAGUGACUUCUAUUCAGGCCCCUGUAUUGAGGUGAAACAAGGAGUUAUACACAACAAGUACAUCGAUGCAUUCCAAGGCUAUGACAUCGCUCUAUUAAAGCUUUCAAGACCCUUACCAAUGUUCGACCGAUUCGUCGGAGCAGUUUGCCUACCGAGAAGUGGAGCACCUACAAAGGCAGGUCCUAUGCUUCUGCCAGGUUAUGGUGCCACAAAUCUAGAAAACGCAUCAACGGAUCGGCUUCGGUUCUACACGGCGCAAGUUUUGUCCGAUGUCGAUUGUGAAAACGGGCUACAUUUACAAGGCCGACGCACUCUGACCAGCCGCCUGGUCAUUUGCAGUCGUAGCCGCUUCCAGAUGACCUGGAAUGGUGACUCUGGCAGCCCAGUAACAACCGUCAUGCCAAAUGGAAAAUCAACGCAAUACGGUAUCCAUUCUAUUGGAGGCAAGAACAUGGAUCUUCCUGUGCCGACCAUGCACACGAGAGUGGCCACCUUUGUUAGGUGGAUCCGAAAAUCACUAGCGCGAGUUGACGAAUGGCCGAUGGUCGUCACCGAAAGUCCAGGGAAUGAUGAGCCGCUGUGCGACCCACUGGAUACAGCAGCGGUAUAAUUGAUACAUUUCGCAGCGGU